AUGAAGUCGUCAAAUAGUAUUAACAUCGGUAACGGUAACAAUUGUACAGAAAAUCGUAAAGCAGCAGCAGCAACAACAACAACUUCAUUCACGUCGUCGUCAUUGUCGUCUGCUAACAACAUAAACAAGAGUAUUACGAAGGCAAACACCGUAUUAAUUAAACCAUCAAAAGUCGAUAAGAAUGAUGCCAAACGUCAAGAACAACAAUUAAAUGAAUUUAUUCAACCGGCUAAUUCAUUUUUCAUAAAUAGUGCAUCAACAUUUCAAUCCGAAACUUCAUCAUCCACAUUUCAAUUUGAAUUAACACCAAAGACAAUCAAUCAAAUUAAUCAUUAUCAAUCGAAUACUACUACUCAACGUCGUCCACGUCUACAAUGGACUAAACGUCAUGGAUCAUCGAAAUCAAAAAGUCAUAGUUCAAGUGCAACUUCUUCAAUAGUUUUUCUCCGUUCAUCUAUUGAUGUGAAUGCAACAAUGACAACUACUACUAUGACAAACGACAGUUCUAAUAUGCCUGACAUUUCCAUAACGGAAAUGACAAAUCAAGAUUUUCAGGAUCAAUAUCAGCCUUAUAUGGAGAAAGUUUUUCAAAAAAGUAACAAUCAAACUGAUGCUACUCAAAUAUUAAAAAGUAAUAGUAUGAAUUUUGUCACUGAUACGAAGCAUAAUAACCAUGCUGAUUAUGAAAAAGAUAAGGUAUUUGUUGAUCAAGCAAGUCAAGUUCCAUUAGACGAUUCUACAGAAAAGAAAACAAUCAAAUCCGCAACACCUUAUAAAAAAAUUAAAUCAGCUACUAAACGACCAACACAACCAAGUGCCACUUCAAUAACAACACAACCCAUAAUAUCAACAUCAUCACCAAAUCGAAGUACAUCACAGAAUGAACUAAAUACAAUAACGGCAACACAAAAGUCUCUAUCAACAUCGACAAAAGUCGAUGAUAAUAACGCAGCGAAAAAUCUCAUAACUAUAGAUACAAGUAAAGCUCGAUCUAAUCUUGAAGUUGUUCGAUUCUGUAUUAGAGAACUUGGAUGGAGAGAAUGUUUUAUUAGUACAAAUGUUGAUUCUGAUAUCUAUUGGCAUUCGUCAUCAUUUCAUGAAGGAAAUAUAAAUUUUGCAUUCAAUUCUGGUCGAGUCAAUAAAUUUCCCGGCAUGAAUGAUUUACUACGUAAAGUUCAUUUAACUCGUUUAUUGAAUAAUAUGCGAUUAUUAUUUCCGAAUGAUUUUGAUUUUUAUCCAAAAACGUGGUUUCUUCCUGAACAAGCUCAACAAUUUAAAGAUGAUGUACGCUAUAUACAUCAACAAGAUAAAAAACAUAAUCGAUCGUUAACAACAUUUAUUAUCAAACCGUCAGAUGGUUCACAAGGCGAAGGUAUUUAUUUACUUCGAGAUCCAGCUCAUUGUAUUGUUACUAAUCGUCAACAUGUUGCACAAGAAUAUAUCGAUCGACCAUUAUUAAUCAAUGGACUUAAAUUUGAUUUAAGAAUUUAUGUUCUCAUUCUUAAUUUAUAUCCGUUGGAAAUUUUUCUUUAUGACGAAGGACUUGUUCGGUUUGCUACUGUUGGUUAUAAGGCUCCAUCGACAGAAAAUCUUCAUCAAACAUAUAUGCAUUUAACAAAUUAUUCUUUAAAUAAACAUAGUGCUAGUUAUAAACAUACAAGCGACAAUAAACAAGGCGAAGGUAGUAAACGUAAAUUAACUUCAGUUUGGAUACAACUAUCGAAUAUAUAUGGUGCCGAAAAAAUCGAACGAACAAAAACAUUAAUUACAGAAAUGAUUAAUAAAACUAUUUUGGCUAUUUUACCUGAACUUCGUGUUGAAUAUGAAUUCGAAUUACCCUUAGGAAAAAAACAAAAUAUAUCGUGUUUUCAGAUUGUUGGCUUUGAUAUUAUUUUAAGUGAUCAUUUAAAACCAAUUUUACUUGAAGUUAAUGCAAAUCCUUCACUUCGUAUUGAUUUCGAUAAAGAAAAUGAAGCAGGUAAAUUAAUGAACUAUUUUCUGGACAAUAAACGUCACCGAUUAAUUUCAGGAAAGUUAACUUAUCAAUCAAGUCCAAUCGAUGAAGAAAUUAAAAAACCACUAGUAUUAGAAACACUUAAAUUAGCAUUACCAAAGAAAAAAUUACAUACAUUUGCACGUCAUGCUCAAUUACAAGUGAACGAUGAACUAAUGGCUCAACGUGUUGAAAAAGUAGCUCAACGUCGAGUAGAAGAACGUACGGAAAAAAUAAAAAGUGCUCGAAAAACACGUUUCGACUUAAAAUCGAAUCCAUUCUUUUCGCGACCAUCUGAUACUGUCACAAAAGAAUUUAUGCGUUUACAACAAGAACAACAAGAACAAUUGCAACAACAGAAAGUUCUCAUUUCCUCGCCAGCACAUCCAUCACAAUCAAAUCAUGGGUCAUAUAUGUCAAGUCCACAAUUAUCGAGCCAUUUCGAUGGAAAAUCAAAAAUAAUAAGUCCGAAAAUAGUGAAAAAAACAAAAAAAUUAAUCGAUUCAACCGAUGAUGACGAAAGUGGAACGCCAGAAGCACGAAUGAUUGAAACGAAUCAAACUAUUCGUAGUAGUCUAUAUCCGGUAACUUCAUCUCCAAUAAAACGAUCAACUCUUAAGUCUGCAUCAAAUCGUUCUGUAACAACAACAGAAGCAGCUGUUGUUGGACCAAUUAGAAAACUUAAAAUGAUUUUUCCUCUUACGUAUAAAACCAAAUAUCGACAUUUAUUUCUAUUAGAUAAAAUUGCUUAUAUUUAUAUACAACUUGUUAUUAUGCUUGGGCAUAAAACAAUGACCGGAGCACAAUUUCGUAAUUUUGCAAAGUUUGCUGAAAUUAUCAUUUAUGUAAUAGCAAAUGAUAAUAUUCUUUUUAUUUUAUGUCAUAGUGUAUGCGGUAUUAUUAAUGAAACAAUUACAGCACCAACAAUUGAUAUACUCUAUUAUCAAAUACUACGAAAAUGGCAACAAUUUGUUUUACGUACUACUUCAGCAGGUUUACCAUUUACGGCUUUUAUUGAAGCAUUUUUUCUAUUAUCACAACGUAAAUUUCCCAGUUCUCCUUCUUUACUUGACAGCGUCAGUCAAUUAGUCAAUACUUGUAUUCGAAAUUUAAAUUCAUGUUUACAAGCUCCCUCAUCGCCAUUGAUUCAACAAUCAAAUCAAUAUCUCCUUCAUCGUGCAUCUCGAAUUAAUAGUUCAACAAAUCCAUCCUCAAUGAAUAAUCGCUCGACUGCUGUAACACUUCGUUCAACAACGGGAGCAAUACACCGUACAAUAAAUGCACCGUCUUCUGCUCCCACACCAAGAACUCACCAGACAACUCCAUCAGCAACAGCUAUAACAAAGAUAAAUAAUGAUGAGAAACCUAAACAAUCAGCAAAAAGUGUUUUUCCUCUUUUUUUCAAUGUUUUAUAA